CUCGCGAGAUUUCAAUGAAAUUUUUGGGAUAGCGGGCCAGCAGGAGCCGAAGAGCUGUAUAUUUAGACGGCUAUGCGGGAUAUUUAAACAGCGAUACGGGAUUGCGAGCUGGGUUGAGAAAAUCCGAGCUGCUGUGAGGCACCACUACUACUAAAAACAAUGUUGGAAACAAUUGAUACACAUCGUGCCUUGCAGGCCGUAGAAAGACUGCAAGUGAAAGUACGAGAGCGAGGGGACAUUGCUAAUGAAGAAAAGCUGUGUUUGUUAAAAUCUGUUUUGCAAAGCCCACUUUUCAACCAAAUUCUCAGUCUACAGACAUCAUUGCAGCAUCUGAGAGAGCAGGUAAAUGUGACCCCUGCCUUAUCAACAGUAUCAGAAUUUGCACAAGUAUCUUCAUAUGGAUCCUCAACCUUUUCUGCACUUCAGAAUGAAUCCUAUAGCAUGGCUCAACAAAAUGGCAGCCCGAUUAACUCAUCAGAAACUACAACCAGACCUAUGUCUCCACAAAUUAAUGGCAAACUGGGUAGUGAAAAUUUGGAGCAAAUCAUCAAACAGAUGGCACAGGGUCGCCACAUAGAAACCAUGGAUUUACUUAAACCUCAGAGUGGUAGCCUUGGAUUUAGUGUGGUAGGCCUAAAAAGUGAAAACAGAGGUGAACUUGGGAUAUUUGUACAAGAAAUUCAGGAAGACAGUGUUGCACAUCGGGAUGGUAGGUUAAAAGAAGCAGACCAGAUCCUGUCAAUUAAUGGACAACCUCUUGAUCAAACAAUUACUCAUCAUCAAGCAAUUGGCAUCUUACAGAAAGCAAAAGAACAAGUGCAGCUAGUAAUUGCUAGAGGACCCUUACCACAGCUUAUCAGCCCUAGCAUAUCACGUUCACCAUCAGAGGCAAGCACGGUGUCUGCCCUUUCUAGCCCUAUGCAUUGGCAGCAUGUAGAGACUGUAGAGCUGGUGAAUGAUGGGUCAGGUCUUGGUUUUGGAAUCGUUGGAGGAAAAUCAACUGGAGUAAUUGUGAAGACAAUUUUGCCAGGAGGAGUUGCAGACCAGAAUGGCAGGCUCUGCAGUGGAGAUCAUAUAUUGAAAAUUGGGGAUACUGACCUUGCCGGAAUGAGCAGUGAACAGGUGGCACAGGUAUUAAGGCAAUGCGGGAAGCGAGUAAAGCUUGUUAUUGCAAGAGGCCCAGUGGAAAAUUCCUCUACAGGAGUCUCUACUGGAGUUCAGAUAACUCCUGCACUACCAUCUUUACUUGAAACACAAGUGUGUGAGGGAGAAAUUAAAGAUGCAGAUGGUGAUGCUUUCGAUGUUAAACUUACAAAAAAUGCUCAGGGCUUGGGCAUAACUAUUGCUGGCUAUGUUGGUGACAAAGGCUCUGAGCCUUCAGGAAUUUUUGUAAAGAGCAUUACCAAAGGCAGCGCUGUGGAACAGGAUGGAAGAAUUCAAGUUGGAGAUCAGAUUAUAGUUGUGGAUGGAACAAACCUUCGGGGUUUUACUAACCAGCAAGCAGUGGAGGUUUUACGUCACACUGGACAAUCUGUUCAUCUGACUUUAGUAAGAAGGGGUCUAAAACAGGAGGCCUGCAUUCCACAAGUAGAAGAGCCAAGAAAACCUACUGAAAGUGGACAGCCUUUACAAAAUGCAGACAGCAGCGAAGCUUGUGUUCCUAUAAUUCCUACAUCAUUCUCAUCAGAUGCACAGUCUCAGUCUCCAGCAAACUGGUCAAGUUUACAAGCAGAGAAAGAAACUCAAGUGGACACUGAUGAGGAGGAUAUAAAAAGCAAAUGGCAGAGGAUUAUGGGAGUUGGCUAUGAGAUUGUGGUUGCAAAAGUAAACAAGUUCAGUGAAAGCAGCGGAUUAGGCAUCAGUCUGGAAGCUUCAGGUGGUCAUCAUUUCCUAAGGUCUAUUUUACCAGAAGGACCAGUAGGUCGCAGUGGCAGCCUGUAUAGUGGAGACGAGCUUUUAGAAGUUAAUGGAAUAUCUCUUCUUGGUCAAAAUCACAUAGAUGUUGUAAAUAUCUUAAAAGAAUUGCCCAUUUGUGUGACUGUGGUGUGCUGCCGACAAGUAAAACCUCCCAAUAGUUCACUUGAUGAAAAAGAACAACACAUCUCUGAACAGGAGAAUGAUGGACCAGAAGGGGAUUUUCCUGUACCAUUACCUGCACUCUGGAAAAUGCAAGAGGAUAUUCCACAGAGCCUGGACACUGAUUCAAAGCUGCAUAUUGACUUUGGUGGAACCGUUGGCUCUUCAGAAACAGAUGAUUUAAACACAGCAUCUACUGAAGAUGGUCAAAGUAUCGAGGAUGCACAGGGAUCUCCACUUGCAAUGUGGGAAACCGAUAUUCAGGAUAUCCUAUUGGAAAAAGGAAGCCUUGGUCUUGGAUUCAGCAUUUUAGAUUAUCAGGAUCCUAUUGACCCUGCAAGUACUGUGAUUGUAAUUCGCUCUUUAGUUCCUGGGGGUGUUGCCGAACAAGAUGGCAGGCUUCUUCCUGGUGAUCGUCUCAUGUUUGUCAAUGAAAUCAAUCUGGAACAUGCCAGUCUUGAAGAAGCUGUUCAGGCAUUAAAAGGCGCUCCAACAGGAAACGUCAGCAUUGGAGUUGCCAAGCCAUUACCUCUGUCACCAGAAGAGGGUUCUGUUUCUGCUAAGGAAGACACUCUUUUCUACACUGCACAGUCUUAUGCAGAGGAAGGGCUUUCUGAUGCUCCUCUUUUCCAUGCUGAGCUAGCUCUGGUGGAGACAUUGGAGGUUGACUUGACCAGUGAGUCUGCUCUAGAAUCCAGAUUUUCUGCACAGGAUGAUAGUACAUUUCAGGCUUCUCUGUUAGCUUUACAUGGUAGUGCUUGUAAUGACGAUCUCACUGAUGAAUUUCUUCCAAAGGAUGUCUCAGAAGAAUCCUUUUUGGAUACCACAUUUAAUUCAGAAAUAAAUACAGAAUCAUCCUCUUUCCCUAAACCCCUUUCUGAGAAAGAGCUUUGGGCCACCUCCACACCAAUGCUGGAUUUCAAACUGCCUAGCAUAAAUUUUUACAACCUGGAGAAAGAAAAUCCUAAAAACAGCCCUUCUCCUGAGCUGAAGGAUCAUUUUGAAAGAGCUGCUUUUGAGAAGCAAAAGGAUGAUGUUUCUCCUUCAUCAUGGAUAAAUUUCAGUGAAAAUUCUGUUGAAAUAUCUGCUGAUUUUACUAGUCCCGAGUUAAAGGAUGAAGGAUUUUCAUCUGGCAAACAAUACUUAGAAACAAGCGAGCAUUCUUCUGCUAAUGCUUUAAUUAAGAGCAAGCUUGAAAAAAUCAUUUCUGUAAACCGAGGCAGCAGCAGCCUAGGUAUGACGGUGAGUGCUAGUAAAGAUGGCGCAGGGAUGAUUGUUCGCAGUAUAAUUAAUGGAGGUUCCAUAAGUCGAGAUGGACGUAUCAGUGUUGGAGAUUGCAUCCUAAGCAUAAAUAAUGAGUGCACGGCAAACCUAACGAAUGCUCAAGCACGGGCUAUGCUGAGAAGACAUUCAUUGCUUGGACCAGAUAUCAGAUCUUCUCCAGCACCUGCUGAUGAUCAGGCCCCCUUUUAUGUUAUCACUUAUGUACCAAGUGAGCACUUGGAAGAAUACAGAUCUUGCCUGGGACAACCCAGUGAAGUGAAAGGGACAGGAGAAAUUUAUGAAUCAAAUACUGAAAGUUUUGUUCCAGAAUUGCCUGAACGAGAAGAGGGAGAGGGGGAAGAAAGUGAGCUUGAGAAUGCCACAUACAGCAAUUGGAACAACCCAAGAAGGGUUGAACUCUGGAGAGAGCCGGGCAAAUCUUUAGGAAUUAGUAUUGUUGGUGGUCGAGGAAUGGGAAGUCGUUUAAGCAAUGGUGAAGUCAUGAGAGGAAUCUUUAUCAAACACAUUUUAGAAGAUAGUCCUGCUGGGAAGAAUGGAACAUUAAAAACUGGAGAUCGAAUUGUAGAGGUGGAUGGCACAGAUCUAAGAGAUGCAAGCCAUGAACAAGCAGUGGAAGCCAUAAGGAAAGCGGGAAACCCAGUUGUGUUUUUGGUUCAGAGUAUUAUCAACAGACCAAGACCUGAAUCUGUGUAUUGUUCUCCAUCUUCCUCUGCUUUAAGACAACACCCAACUACUAACCCUUUUUCUCAUCCAUCACCCAAGAAACCAGCCUUGCCUUUGUUACAGAGCACAUUUGGUACUAAACCCCUCUUCAGGUGCACUAACCCAUUUGAUUCUUCUCAGCUGAACAUUAACAAGGGCACAAUGAAUCCGGUUAGAAUUGCCUUCCGUUGUUCCCCAACUAACCCAUUUGCUCCCACACCAUUUAAGGCAUCUAGUAGUUCAGAUUCCGAGACAGAAAAGACUUCUUCCUCUAAUUAUUUGACUGGACCUUCAACACUUUCGUCUGUAAACUCAGAGAAGCUUCAGAUGACCAGCAGCACAGACCCAGAAAAGGAGGAUGAGUUUGGGUAUAGCUGGAAGAAGAUAUCACAGCGCUAUGGAAACUUGCCAGGAGAGCUGCAUAUGAUUGAGCUAGAAAAAGGAAAGACUGGAUUGGGUCUGAGCCUUGCAGGAAACAAAGACCGAUCACGAAUGAGCGUCUUCAUUGUGGGUAUUGAUCCAAAUGGAGCAGCUGGCAAAGAUGGUCGAUUGCAGAUUGCCGAUGAGUUGUUAGAGAUCAAUGGGCAAAUACUGUAUGGAAGAAGCCAUCAGAAUGCCUCAUCAAUAAUCAAAUGUGCACCUUCAAAGGUGAAAAUAAUAUUUAUAAGGAACAAGGAUGCAGUUAACCAGAUGGCAGUCUGCCCUGUAAAGGCAACAGAACCAAGUUUUCCAAACUCUUCUGCAUUUUCUAAUCUUGAGGUUGAAGAAGAAAGUGUCCCAAGCCCUGUGUUGCCAUUAAAUGUCGGAUCCUUUAAAAAUGUUUUGCAUGUGGAAUUGCCAAAGGAUCAAGGUGGUCUAGGUAUUGCCAUCAGCGAAGAAGACACUGUAAAUGGUGUAGUUAUUAAGAGCUUAACUGAUCAUGGUGCAGCAGCAAAGGAUGGACGCAUCAAGGUGGGAGACUGUAUAUUGGCUGUUGAUGAUGAACCAGUUGUUGGGGAUCCUAUUGAAAAGGUUAUAUGUCUACUGAAAAAAGCAAAAACAACUGUGAAGCUGACAAUAAGCUCUGAUGAGAAGGACAUGCCACAACUGCUUCCCCUUCCUUCAAUUACACUAACUUCCAGCACAGGCGAGAUCAAAAAUGGGCAACAGUGUCUACCACUCUCCAACUUCUCAGAACCUGAGCCAGUUCGCAGUUCAAGUAGAUCCUCCACCCCAGCUACAUUUCCCUCUGACCCAGCUACCUGCCCAAUUAUACCAGGUUGUGAAACAACCAUUGAUAUAUCCAAAGGACGAACAGGUCUGGGACUUAGCAUUGUGGGUGGUGCUGAUACUCUUUUGGGGGCCAUUAUUAUCCAUGAAGUCUACGAAGAAGGUGCUGCUUCUAAGGAUGGUAGACUCUGGGCUGGUGAUCAAAUUCUAGAGGUGAAUGGUAUUGAUUUGAGGAAUGCGACUCAUGAUGAAGCAAUAAAUGUACUUAGACAGACACCACAAAAGGUCCGCCUUACUGUAUACAGAGAUGAAGCUCAGUACAAGGAAGAGGAUAUGUAUGAUGUACUCGAUUUGGAACUUCAGAAAAAGCCAGGCAAAGGUCUUGGGUUAAGCAUUGUAGGAAAGAGGAAUGAUACAGGAGUGUUUGUGUCCGACAUUGUGAAAGGAGGGAUUGCUGAGAUAGAUGGGAGGCUGAUGCAGGGAGAUCAGCUAUUAAUGGUGAAUGGAGAAGAUGUUAGAAAUGCCACUCAGGAAGCUGUGGCUGCUCUACUAAAGUGUUCUUUAGGUACUGUGAAACUGGAAGUUGGUAGAAUCAAAACCGGCCCAUUUCACUCAGAAAGAAGAACAUCUCAGAGCAGUCAGGUCAGUGAAGGGACCAGUAGUCUUACGUCAUUCAGUUUUCCAAUGCCUGGACCUGCAGCUGCUGACUCUGGUUCCAAGAAAAGUGACACAUCUGAAAUUCAAGGCCUCAGGACAGUGGAAAUAAAAAAGGGGCCCACAGACUCACUGGGAAUCAGCAUUGCUGGGGGUGUUGGUAGCCCGCUGGGAGAUGUACCAAUAUUUAUUGCUAUGAUGCAUGCAAAUGGAGUUGCAGCCCAAACUCACAAACUCAGGGUUGGUGACAGGAUUGUUAGUAUAUGUGGGCAACCCACUGAAGGAAUGACUCACUCCCAGGCCGUCACCUUACUGAAAAACGCUUCAGGCACUAUUGAACUGCAGGUGGUGGCUGGUGGGGAUGUGAGUGUGGUGACUGGCCAGCAGCAAGAACAUUUGGGGUCAACGGUCAGCUUUUCCGGACUGGCAUCAAGCAGCAUUUUACAGGAUGAUUUAGGACCACCACAAUAUAAGACAAUCAUCCUUGAAAGAGGACCGGAUGGCCUUGGUUUCAGUAUUGUAGGAGGGCACGGUAGCCCUCAUGGUGACCUGCCAAUAUAUGUCAAGACAGUGUUUUCUAAGGGUGCAGCCUCAGAAGAUGGACGCUUGAACAGAGGUGACCAAAUUAUUGCAGUGAAUGGGCAGAGCUUAGAAGGAGUGACCCAUGAAGAAGCGGUGUCCAUCCUUAAGAGAACAAAAGGAACAGUUACAUUGACUGUGCUUUCCUAAUGCCUCUUUCUAACCAUCUGGGUCCCAUUUGUUAGGGAUCCUUUGGUAAUUCUUGAUUUAUAUUUGUAUGUAAGGAGAAAGUAGUCUGUUUUAGGUCAUUUGUGCAGCAAUCAGUAUUUCGAGCAAUCGAAAAAAGUAUUUUUAGUCAUUAGACUAGCUUGCUAUUCCAUCAUAGUAUUAAUAUGAAAUUCUGCUAUUUCUGUUAAUCAACUACAGAUUGUUUUUAUUGUGAACAGUCAAGCUCCUGGCAAAAUCAGCCAGGAUCUUCUAAAACUACUGUGAUUACUACAAAGACUGUAAAAUGUGAAACAAGUUUUGGGCAAACAUAACAAAAGUCCUUUUAAACUGAGUAUUUAAAAUGAAAAAAAAAAGGUGGUAGUUUUAUAGAAAAGUUUUUAGGGACAAAACUUACAUUGUCUGAAAAACACCUCCAUAUUCUGAAUGUCUCCCAAAUGUAGCAUGGGAACUGAGAAUGCAUCUAGGCAUUUUUUUGAAGUAGUAUUUCAAUAUAAAUUCUUCAUAAUCUUAGACGUGUUUACUUCCUUAACUGCUAUAACAUAUGUCACAUUAGUUGGUGCAGUUUCAACACUGGAGGUUUAUUUCAAACCAUAAGCAAAGCAGUAAAGGUAAUGGUUUGUAGCAGGGAGCGGAAUCAUUACCUUUACUGCAAUGCUAAAUAAAACCAUUUAAGGGUGACAAAUCAGAAAUGUGUUUUCGAGUAUUGGCCAGCAGUGCAUUCUGCAUUUAGUAUUAAUAAUAACACCAAGUUCUCUUUUCUAUUAAAAAUUAGUUUUGCAAUAAGUCACAUUAUAUUUUGUGGUGUGCACCCUUCAUGAAAAAUAUAACCUCUUGCUAUUGAUAUCUUGCUCGGACUUUAGCAUCUUGCUGUUCUGCUCUUACAGUCUUAAAUUAGCCACAUGCUGUCGGCCCUACAUAAAAUAAGGGGGCCCAUUUAUUAUACGAAACACUGUGAAUUUAAUAUAACCCACAGAAUAGAAUACUAAUCCUUUUAGGUUCAAAGAGCUAUCACUUGCUGAGUUUAAGUGCUUAACAAAUCAAUUUUAACAAUGUGUCAUAACAAUCAACAUUCUACCCAAAUAGAAUUGAGAAAUAACACCUUUAAAAACACUUGAUUUGCGUAUGUAUAUUUAGAACAUUAUAGAAUAUUUCAAGGUAGAGUUCAAUUGUGAUCAUAGGGGUUUUAACUGUAAGGCUGAUUGCACUUAAGGAGGCAAUUUAUACAUUUUCGAUGGUUUUUUUGUUACUUUAAUGGCUUUUUUUAUUUUUCUCAAUCACUAGUAUAUUUACCAAAAAAACUGAAUUCAGAAAAGAUAUAAGAAAAAACACAAUCAAGUUACUCUUAACUUCCCCCUUUCAUUUCUUUCUUCAUUCUCUUCUCAUGCAAUAGGUGGUGUCAUGCUUUGAUUGAGGUCUAAUACAUUCUUUUGAGCGGUUGCACCCCUGGUCUUAAAGAGGUAUUAGUGCCCUUUCUUUCAAAAUAACUGGCUCUGGCAGAAAUAGAAUAGGUCUGAAGGACCUAAAAUGGCAGCUUAAAUCUGCCCGUGUAUCGCCGCCUUUAUUUUUUUUUUUCUGCCUGUGCAAUAACUACCAUUACGGUGACUGACUCUGUCUUAGAGAGACUUCUCAGCGUUUUGUCAACUUUUACCUGGAAAAUGCCACAAAACAUUUGUGUAUCGGGUUUGAAUACACUGCUCUUUAAAAGAACUAUUGUGAAAAUAGUUCUGCGCUCUUCUGCCUAGAAGAUGCAUUAGAUAUAAGUGUUUCAAAAUAACCGACUCUGGUACAGAUUCAGCCUCUCUGCAUGCAGGAUUUGUGUCAGAGUCGGCUAUUUUGAAACAUGUAGCUUUUUUCAGGCAAAAGGAGCUGCUCCCCAAUAAUGUAUUAGACCUAACAGCUGGACUCCUAUGUAAUGAGAGCCAGAUGCUGAGAGGAGGAUACUGAAGAGUAACCCGAUUACUCCAGAAAUGUACAGGAUUUUAAGUUGAUCAUAUCAAGAAAAUCUCUCAUUUCCAUCAGAUGAAGCUUGUAUUAAAUUUCCAUGAUAGUUCCCUUAUAAGGCAGGGGCUUAGAAGGUUGGAAUUGAUUGUGAUGUUUUACAAUGCGAAAUGUACAUUAUUUUUUUUUUUUUUUUUAAAUGAAAAUAAAUGUAUUGCAUAGUACAGGGUUUUCUAAAGUACAGAUGCUAUAGACUGCUGGUGUGGGUUUUCUAUGUUAACAGACUAUGAAGAAGCAGGUGGCUUUCUUACUGGUUAAAAAUGUGACUUCUGUUGUAAUGUCUAUAUCUGUAGGUAUAGUUAAAAAGUGCUUCAGUCACUGCCAGACAUUUUGGUUUUAUCAUUAAUGCUAUUGUUUUGCUAAAGACCUAUAGUUCUGUUCACAGAAAAAAUGAAGGAUACAACAAUAGUGCUUAGAACAGAGUUUUAAUGUCCUUUAACAUGUGCAAACCAAACUCCUGGGAAUGUAUUAAAUUAUUGGCA